CGGUCUACGUUUAUUUAAUUUACUUUCUUAAUCAAUGCUUGUGUAAUGAAAAGGAGUGCAACAAUGGAGCAGCAAAUAAAUUAUGAAACCGCAAUCAAAAAAGCUCAAUUGGUGGAGAGAAACCCACAAUUUCAAGUAGAUCCAAUGCGUGUUUCGAUGCACGAUGAAACUGACAUAAUACAUCUAGCACAGGAAAUACAAUCUGCAGAUAAGAUGGUGAGGAAUAGCACAAGCCAGAAAUUGGUUGUUAUUCUGGAUCAGAUAAAAAUGCUGCAAGCACAAGCUAUAGACAUACUCAAGGAGUCUAACGAGAAUCGGAUGCUGCACAGUGUUGCGUGUAAUUUCAACAAGAAACCUGGAAAAAUCUAUCAUCUGUACCAAAAGUCAACGGGUCAAAACUAUUUCAGCAUGCUCUCACCAGAGGAAUGGAACAAUUCUGUGGAACAGACGUAUAAGGGCAGUUAUAGGCUUGAAUUUGACUCCAGCUGGACACCGAUUGACAAAAUCAAAGAACACGAUAAUAAACUGAAAUGGGUGGAACAAUGCAUGGACAGUAUUGAUAGUGGCGCAAUAGCAGCGAUCGAUUUCAAUUCUCUUACAAAUAAUUAAUUCUAUGAUCAAAUAAAUGCCUUUAAUGACAA